GCGGAGGCGAAGGGCAGAGAGUGCCGGCGCACUGGGGAGCCUCCGCGCGAGGCGCGUCCCGAGCCCAAGUUGCAGUCGCAGCGCCGAGCCAGCCCCUCCCCUGCCCGGAGCCGCCCGCUGGGGCCGCCCUGAGAGGCGACACCCCGUACGUCCAGGCGGGUGAGCCACGGCUAAGGCAGACCCAGGACUCCGCUUCCUGCACAGCGGGAGGGAUGGUGGCGGCGGGGCGCGGGCCAGUGCAGCCGCUAACGACUCCCACCCGGCCCCGACCACUGUGAGUCCGGGCUGCGCGCUGGGCAUGCGGCUGUGGCCCCGGGCCCUCGGACCCCGCGCACCAGCCGCAAACGCACGCCUCGGAGUCCGCAGCCCGCACCGCCGCUGAGGCGGGUGCCCCCACUAUGCCACGGGCUGGGGCGCCUCUGUACGCUUGCCUCCUCGGGCUCUGCGCCCUGGUGCCCAGGCUCCCAGGUCUCAACAGAUGCACUAGUGGAAGUGCCACCUCUUGUGAAGAAUGUCUGCUAAUCCACCCAAAAUGUGCCUGGUGUUCCAAAGAGAACUUCGGCAGCCUGCGGUCAGUCACCUCCCGGUGUGACUUGAGGGCAAACCUGGUCAGAAACGGCUGUGGAGAGGAGUUGGAGAGCCCAGCCAGCGUUACCCAGGUGCUGCGGAGCCUGCCUCUCAGCAGCAAGGGCUCAGGCCCUGCGGACUCAGACGUCAUUCAGAUGACGCCGCAGGAGAUCGCUGUGAGCCUGCGGCCCGGUGACAAGACUACCUUCCAGCUGCAGGUUCGGCAGGUGGAGGACUAUCCCGUGGACUUGUACUACCUGAUGGACCUCUCCCUGUCCAUGAAGGAUGACUUGGACAACAUACGCAGCCUGGGCACCAAGCUCGCUGAGGAGAUGAGGAAGCUCACCAGCAACUUCCGAUUGGGGUUUGGCUCUUUUGUGGACAAGAACAUCUCUCCUUUCUCCUACACGGCACCACGGUACCAGACCAACCCAUGCAUUGGCUACAAGUUGUUCCCAAACUGCGUCCCAUCCUUCGGGUUCCGCCACCUGCUGCCGCUCACAGACAGAGUCGACAGCUUCAACGAGGAAGUUCGGAAGCAGAGGGUGUCCCGGAACCGCGAUGCCCCCGAGGGGGGCUUUGACGCAGUGCUCCAGGCGGCUGUCUGCAAGGAGAAGAUUGGCUGGCGAAAGGAUGCCUUGCACUUGCUGGUCUUCACGACGGAUGACGUGCCCCACAUUGCACUCGACGGGAAACUGGGGGGCCUGGUGCAGCCGCACGAUGGCCAGUGCCACCUGAACGAGGCCAACGAGUACACUGCGUCCAGCCAGAUGGACUACCCAUCCCUUGCCUUGCUUGGAGAGAAGUUGGCAGAGAACAACAUCAACCUCAUCUUUGCAGUGACGAAAAACCAUUAUAUGCUCUACAAGAAUUUUACAGCCCUGAUACCUGGAACAACGGUGGAGAUUUUACACGGAGACUCCAAAAAUAUUAUUCAACUGAUCAUCAACGCAUACAACAGCAUUCGGUCCAAGGUGGAGCUGUCAGUCUGGGAUCAGCCCGAAGACCUUAACCUCUUCUUCACUGCCACCUGCCAGGAUGGUGUGUCCUACCCCAAUCAGAGGAAGUGUGAGGGCCUGAAGAUUGGGGACACGGCGUCCUUUGAGGUGUCGGUGGAGGCCCGGAGCUGUCCAGGCAAACACACGGAGCAGAUGUUCACCCUGCGGCCCGUGGGCUUCCGGGACAGCCUGGAGGUGAGGGUGACCUACAACUGCAAGUGUGGCUGCAGCGCGGGGCUGGAGCAGGAUAGCCCCAGAUGCAGCGGGAACGGGACUUACGUGUGCGGUCUGUGUGAGUGCAACCCCAGCUACCUGGGCACCAGGUGUGAGUGCCAGGAAGGGGAGAACCAGAGCGGGUACCAGAACCUGUGCCGGGAAGCGGAGGGCAAGCCCCUGUGCAGCGGGCGCGGGGAGUGCAGCUGCAGCCAGUGCUCCUGCUUCGAGAGCGAGUUUGGGAAGAUCUACGGGCCUUUCUGCGAGUGCGACAACUUCUCCUGCGCCAGGAACAAAGGAGUCCUCUGCUCAGGGCACGGUGAAUGUCACUGUGGAGAAUGCAAGUGCCACGCAGGCUACAUCGGGGACAACUGUAACUGCUCCACAGACAUCAGCACGUGCCGGGGCAAGGAUGGCCAGGUCUGCAGUGACCGUGGGCGCUGCGUCUGCGGGCAGUGCCAGUGCACAGAGCCAGGAGCCUUUGGGGAAAUGUGUGAGAAGUGCCCGACCUGCCCGGAUGCUUGCAGCACCAAGAGAGAUUGUGUCGAGUGCUUGUUACUUCACUCAAAGAGCCCGGCUGACAACCAGACCUGCCAAAACCUGUGCAAGGAUGAGGUGAUCACGUGGGUGGACACCAUCGUGAAAGACGACCAGGAAGCUGCGCUUUGUUUCUACAAAACUGCCAAGGACUGUGUCAUGCUCUUCACCUACACGGAGCUGCCCGGCGGGAAGUCCAACCUGACAGUCCUCAGGGAGCCAGAGUGCGGCACGGCCCCCAAUGCCAUGACCAUCCUGCUGGCGGUGGUCGGCAGCAUCCUUCUGAUCGGGAUGGCACUCCUGGCCAUCUGGAAGCUGCUUGUCACCAUCCACGACCGCAGGGAGUUUGCCAAGUUCCAGAGUGAGCGAUCCAGGGCCCGCUAUGAAAUGGCUUCAAACCCUCUGUACAGAAAGCCCAUCUCCACACACACAGUGGAUUUCACCUUCAACAAAUUUAACAAAUCCUACAAUGGCACAGUGGACUGACGGUUCCUUCUCCUUCAAGGGCUCGGAGGGGGCAGAUGAUGAUGUCAGAGACUGACACGCUUUGGACAGCUGCUGGACUCAACCACGGCUCCCUAGAUAGACAAGCGCAGGGACCUUGCCGUGAGCCUGGGGGAGGAGCCAGCCCUCGCUUGCGCAGGAAGGCACCAGCCACGCCACCUGGCUGCUGGGGUGGAGCCAUGCUCAGCAGCCACACCUCUGAGCCUGGGAAAGGCCAGGGGAGCCUGGCGCUCUUGGUCCCCCCUACCCCACGCCACGUUCACCCUGUCCUGUCCAUGAACUGCUGAGAUGCUGCGCUGCCUUGCCCUUCGGGGGCCGGGCCUCCAGUCUGGCCAGAGGAGGCGGCUCCUGGGAGCGCCAGCGCAUAAAGUCGACGCAUGGUCUGGCUUUUUUCAUGUUUGGUCGUUUCUCUACGAAAUAAACAGAUCAUGCAUUCACAGUGCAGUUCUGGUUCCUGAGGGCUGUCUGCCGGUGUCCGUGCCCUGCACGCGGGUGUUGGUGAUGGAAUUGCUGAGACGCCUGUUGGAGGCAGUUUGCAGAUGUCAGCGUCCCUCUUCUGUCCAUGUUUGUUUAGUACUUUUGUAAUGAAAAGGAAAGAGAUUGUUGGGGGUUGAAAGUAAAGAUUAAAACCAAAACACUUUGUGUUUGCCUGA